GUAAAAUAUCGACACAUUAGCAAAGCUGGGGCGGUUCUAGACAAUCUGUUGCUAAUCUAAACGUAUUUUCUUUCAGUCUUAACCAGGCAAGAAAAGCGAUGACUAAAAGUUUAUAAAACGGGAAGAAAGAGAUGGAAAAUUGACAAAUUAAGCGUGUAAAUCAGUGAUGGUGGGCGCCAGGUGCCGUAAAAAAGAUAAAUUAAUGAUAUGAAAUGGAGGGAUAAAACUAAUCUAGAACCUGCCCUUGAGGAAGCUGCUAAAUACUGUACUAUGCCAGUUCAAAUCAUUUUUCUUCAUACUGGACAUUAAAGGGCUGUGCUUAGAUAUAAUAUGGAAACAUUUUUACAGAACAAGAUUUUAGUUUCCUUUUACCUAUUCUUCUUCUGCCUAUUAAAAGCGUUUGUCCCAGUGAGCGCGGAUGAGAAUGAGUUUCGUCUGAUCCGGGACCUAAUGGCUAGAUAUGAUAAGAGGAUCCGCCCCUCUGUCAAUCACACGAUCCCUACAACAGUCAACUUCAGUGUCGCUCUGGCGCAGAUCAUAGAUGUGGAUGAAAAGAAUCAGAUAAUCACUACAAAUUGCUGGUUGAAUUUG